GUUAAAUAACAAACCACUCUUGUGUGUACUAUAGUUGUACCAUAUGUCACAGUGCUCAAUAAACAUUAUAAUCGGCAAAGUUUUACUAUAUUUGGUGUAUGCCUUAUUAUUAUUUUAUAUCGAAACUUUUAACGUGGUAUCGUUUCAGUAAAUCAUAAUGGUAAGAAUUAUUUAUAAGUAUAUUUUUUAUUUUAUGCGUUCAAUAUGAGAUAAUUCCAUAUUUUAAUAUGGAAUUCCAUAUUCUAAGACAUUUCCAAUAAGUGGAAGUGCAGCAGGUACAUUUUUCACCCGAAUAUGAUAAAUUAUAGUUUCCUCAGCUCAAUAUUUCGAGAACCAUAUCUCGGAACAAUCUACUUAUGUUUGAUGUUUUGCUUAUUCAAUUAUUAUUACUUCUUAAGCGGUAAAGUUUAAUAAAAUACGUAAGAUAGCCGGUGACGUAUAUCUACAGGGCACGAUUACUAUAAAAUACAUCAAAUCAGCGCAAUAUUUUCCAAUAUUUGAAUUGUAACAUUUGUAACAUUGUAAUUGAACAAUAGAUAGGAAUUAAUAACACGUGAUACCAAUAAAAUUGUCUAAGAGUGACUACAAAGAGAAGACACAAUCUUAUAUUAUAUAAGCUCUUUAAUUUUAUACAUCAUAUACAAUAACGAACAAUUUGUUCAAACAAAUUAAACAAUAAUAACUAUCUCCGGGUAUAGAGGUUUAUUUUUCUACAAUUGAGUUUGACAAUGGUUAAUACAAUAAUAGUUAAUCUCGUGUUAUUUCAACUUUUUUUUUAUACAUGAAUAUUUCUCAGGAGCUCCUUCUACGGUAAAAAGUCUAAAAUUUAAAAUCAAGGUCCGUACUGAGUCCAGAUAUUUUCGUUAUAAUAAACAUUAUCCGUUUAGGAUAAUAUUAAUGCUCCAGGCGACGUCUCAUUCAUUCUUUUAUUUAUUAUUUUUAUUUUUAUAUAUAAUUGUUUAAUUUAUAUAUUUAUUUACUAUAAUUAUCCGUUUAUUUUUGUUCAUAUUGUUCAGUGGAUUGGUUUGCAGUUGUUAAUGGCAAUACAAGUGAUUGCGUUCUUUCCGGCCGAGAAAGAACAGACCCCUCCUAGAAUAAUAUUUCGCAUAGGAAUGAUCAGUGACUUGGAGGAAAAUUCGAAAAGCGAUACGGAACCAAACACGUGGAUCAGUUAUUUGAAGAAAGGCAAUAUGACUUACGAUUUUCACCUUAAUGAAGUAACCGUCAGUUGGGAUGACAAAGACAAUGGUGAAGAAUAUAAAUCUCAUAACUGGAAUGAUGAUACUGGCCGUGGUUUUGAGUUGUCGGAGUUAGCCACAUUUUACGGUCGUCUAUUCACUGUCGAUGACCAAACAGGAGUAGUUUAUAUAUACGAUACAGAUAGAUUUUUAGCGUGGAAGGUUAUCCGAGAAGCCAAAGAUUCGAGUACAGGUAGUCAAUAAUUUGUUAAUUUACUCUGAUGUAUAAAUAAUAAAUAAGUAUAGUUAAGGCAAAAAAGGAAGGAGGAUUGGAGGUUGUUUACGGGGAUUUAACAUCAGAUAUAAAAUUUUCGGGGGCUUUCCGGAGAACCGUUUCGAUGUUGUGAAUCAUAAAAUAUUACAUUAACGACGGAUUUUUUUGUUGGACAGCGAUGAAGAUCGAAUGGACCACAGUUAAAGACAACGUCCUGUACGUAGGGUCGACUGGCAGAGACAAAUCGUCAAGUGGAGUGGCAAUAAUUGACAAAGAUGGCAACAUAGAAUACACCAAUUGGGAAAAAUACUACGCCAAGCUGCGGAAGUCUGUCGACAUACAAUUGCCUGGAUACGUGGACAACGAGUCGUGCAUUUGGAGCCACGUGUACAGGCACUUGUUCUUUUUACCCAGGAAAACAUUUGACGCCAAGCCUGGGCGGGCGGCCGCAACUGAAAAUAACCAAAAAACAACACACUUGAACUGGGAAGAAGACUUCGGCAACGUCCGGUACAUGACGCACGAAGCUUGCGUGUGGAGUGAAGUGCACCAACGGGUUUUUUUCUUGCCCAGAAAGGCGUCAACGACAGAAUAUAACGAGAAAGAGGACAGUCACAAGGGUACAAAUAUUCUUCUGUCUGCCACUGUUGAUUUCGACGAUAUUCAGGUAAACACGUCUAUAUUAAUAAAAUGAGGUGUAUAUUUGUCUGUCUGUCUGAGUGUGAUAUGCAAUCAAAUCUAUCACACAAAAAUGUCUAAAAAUUUAUAUAAUUAUAAGUAUCCUUUUUAAAAAAUUAAACAUCACAACAUCGGUUAACUGUGACAUAGAUGAAAACGGGAAGUCACGAGGAAACAGUAUUUUUUUACGUUCAAUAAUUUGCAACAGCAAACCAGCUAAUAAUAACAAUAAUGAUAAUAGUUUCCAGUCCGAUAUUAUGGACCGGGUGCGUUUGAUACAAACACACGGAUUAUUAUGGUCCAAGAAAAUAAAAACUGGUUUUAAAAUUGUCUUCAAUUUUAUAAACUAGUAAAUUUGUGUUUACCUUUUAAUGACUACCUUUGAUGAUGAAAUAUUUUCACUAAUCUACUACCAUAUACCUAUUUAACAGAAAAGCUGUUUAUCGGAUGUAUAUGACGUUAUAGUCAGAAGCGGAUUGAUUUAGUUAAUUCACCUAAGUGCAUAAUGAAUUUAGGUUUUUUCUCAAAAGUAAUUCGUACAGGUGUAACAAAAAAAAAAAAUAUAUAUAUAUUUAUAUUAUACGCUGCAUAAAAAAAAGGAGGCGAUCAUUUUUUUCAAAACAGAAAUUGGACUUCUAGAAAUAUUUUUUUAUUUAUUCCAGCUAAUUGAUCUAAAUGAAUGAAAAAACUAAUAAUUUUUAACGGCUUUAACUAAAUUGUUUUUUUUUUUUUUUUUUUUAAUUAUAGGUUAAAACAAUUGGCAUUAAUGUACCCGAUCGUGGAUAUUCUAGUUUUAAAUUUGUUCCCCAUACCGAUGACAAAGUAAUUGCUGCAAUACUUACGACAGAAAAGGAUGAUGAAGAGAGUAACAUAACCCCCGCACCCAAAAUCACAGCCACGUACUUGACAGUGUUCACUGUUGAUGGAGAAAUUAUCUAUGAGCAAACCAAAGUGUCCGAUCUGAAGUUUGAAGGAUUGGAGUUUAUAUGAUUUUAUACGUUUCUUGUAGCUUCUCUAUCAAUUGAUUUUUAUUUGAAUACCUACGUUUAUUUUACUGAAAAAAAUUCAAUUCAAAACUUCUAGUAUUUUUUAUAUUUUUAUACAUUCC